GAAAAAAACAAAAACAAGUAAAAUAUCUGGCAACACUUUCUUCUUAUUACGUUACUGACUUAGAAGAAAGAAAGAAAGAAAAGAAAAAAAUAAACAAAUGCCUACGGUGGCACAAAGAAGUUUUACUGGCCAUAUUGUGUAUGUACACGUUUGUCAUCUAUAUCGUUCGUACUUUGCUAGCAAGUAUACUCGUAUCACAAUAAUAUGCCAAGAUGCUUGAUAAGGUCAAUGGCGAGAUAUCAGAAGACUCAAGAUCGUCACGAAGACUUAUCUUCAGAAGAUACAGAUUUAACUUGGAUCCCACCAUCGGUGGAUUCCAAACGACAAAAACGAACGCAAGAAGUUAAUGCCAUUUCUACCAACAAUGUUUGGAUGUGUUCCGGACUUCCCAUAGUAACGCGAUAUACAUUUAAGAAGAAUAAUGAUUUAUUAUGGAAAUUGAAACCUUUGGAUGAGUCCAAUUCACGUGGAAAUAUAUUCUUCAAGAAUGAAAUGUUUCCAAUCGAACACGAUUCUUCCUAUCAUAUUAAUCUUAAUGAAGAUACUUCGUUAGAUCGAACAGAGAUUCAAACUGUACCAUUGGAUACUCACGAAUCAAAAUUUACGCCGUACCAACCGACGAACGACGAAGAAUUUAUUCGUCAGAACGUGAAGAUUUCCGGUAACUUGGAAGGCCGGGAAAUUCAAACGAUACCACAAACUUCGUAUCUAACAGCUACUUCGACUACAGCGACGACGACAACGACGACUACGACCACGACGACGACGACGACGACGACGACGACGACGACGAUGACAACAACGACAAUGACGACAAUGACGACAACAAUGACGAUGAUGACAACGACGACGACGACGACGACGACGACGACAAAGAAAUCAAAUAAGGAAGAUAAAAUGGUAUCAGAGAUUGAAAGUAAUCAAAAUUGGAAGAGAAAUAAAACGAUGCAUUAUUGUCCAUAUUGUCGGAAAUGUUUCGACAGGCCAUGGGUUUUAAAAGGACAUUUGAGACUUCAUACCGGAGAACGGCCAUUCGAGUGUCCUGUUUGUCAUAAAUCUUUUGCCGAUCGAUCGAAUUUACGAGCUCAUCAAAGAACAAGAAAUCAUCAUCAAUGGCAAUGGCGUUGUGGAGUAUGUUUUAAAGCAUUUUCGCAAAGGCGAUAUUUAGAACGUCAUUGUCCCGAAGCUUGUCGAAAAUAUCGAAUAUCCCAGAGAAGAGAACAAUGUAAUUAAAAGAUUCGUUGAAAAUGUUUAAAAAUAUUUCUUACAAGACAUCUUUGAACAUCUUUGAAUUCAACAUCGUAUAAAAGGUUACGUACGAAUAAGUUAUAAUCUUUAUUAUUUUCUUUUUCUUUUCUUCUAUCAUAUCAAUAAAUAAUCAUCAGUUGAUUUUAGAUUUUAUUCGGGUAAAUGUUAAAAAGAAUUGUUAUUCAUUUUAUCGAAUUUGUUGAUGUAAAGUUGGCAAGAUACUCUUGAUACGUUUUGAACUAUAACAUAUGCGCAUGCUCAGUGAUCUUGAAAAGAAAUCAAAUCAGCUACUUAUUUAAAGGGGAAAAAAAAAAACGA